UGGGUCCAUAAGAGAGAGAAACUAAAGUCACAUAAGCCUCUCCCACUCGUAUUACUCGGAAGAGACUUUUUUUUUUUUUGUUCUUCUCAUAGAUUCUGAGAGAUAGAAAUUCCAAGCAAGCCCACGUUUCUAGAGAGAGAGAGAAAACAAAAUAGAGCAAAAGCAAAAGUAAACGAGGAGAAGAAGAAGAAGAAGCAAGUGGUGGAAGACGGAAAGAAGCAGGGGAUUUUUCUUUGUUUACUUGAUCGGUCUCCGGUGAAAACGGAGCCGGAGAGGUGGUGUGACGGCGGAUGUCAUUUCUUCUCCGGUGACGCGAUAGUUGUUCUGUGUUAUUUUACCGCGCCGGAGUUUUUGAAGUUUUCGUCUGCUUCAAGGUUGCUUGAGCUGCGAUAUCGUCAAAUAUCAAUUCGUUGAUUCGAAGGAAUAUUCGCCGUUGGUGAAUUCGUGUUUUUUGGAGUUUGAUUAGGUUUUAAUCUGAGAGAAGGAAGAAGAGAAAGAGAGAUAAGGAGGGAGGGAUUUUGAUUUGGGUAUAAUAGAUGAAAGCUCUGAGAAGAAUUCAAACGACGUCUUCGUCUUCUAAUCCUUCAUCGCCAUUAUCAUCUCCUCCUUCUUCCUCAUCAUCUUCGUGGAUCCAUUUGCGUUCUGCUCUCUUCGUUGUUGCAUCUUCAUCUCCUGCGUCUUGUUCUUCUUCUGAUCGGUAUGGUUUUAAUAGUUCCAGAGAAGAGAGAGUUACUAUAAGAACACGGAGAAGAAAGGAGUAUGAGAGACUACGCAGGCAGUGCAAGCGGCUUCAAAAGCACAAUAACGGCACUCUUAAGUUAAACAGGGCCAGUGAAGCUAUGGAGGAUGAGUACGAUUGGCCUCGAGUCCAAGACACUGACAGUUCAUGUUCUGACGAAGUUGUAAGUGCCCGCGAGUCACUCUCCAGCGAAGACAUCACUGAAGAUAUCGGGUACAUGAGCGAAGUUUCAUGUACAGUUGAGAGCAGAGACGGAAGCAGUUCAAGACGAAUCACCAAUGCUACUAUCUCUACACUCAAUUCCGAGUCAUCUGAUUCAGAGUCUUCAGAUGAGAGUGAAGUGGUACAGGUCUUUCAGUCUUCCGGUACUCCUGAUGUGAAUUAUCCGGCAAGCUCAACUAUCCCUCGGACGGAAGAGGAUUUCGUGACGUGGCAGCGUAUUAUCCGUCUAGAUGCCGUGCGUGCCAACUCAGAGUGGAUUCCGUUUUCUCCAUCGCAGGCGGUUAUAUCCGAGGACAGAGCGUGUCGUGCAGCUGAAGCGGUUGGUUUAAAAGAUUACACUCACUUGGAACCGUACAAAAUCUUUCAAGCGGCACGGCUCGUUGCUGUUCUUGAAGCCUAUGCUUUAUAUGACUCUGACAUUGGUUACUGUCAAGGAAUGAGCGAUCUUCUGUCUCCUAUUCUCUCCGUAAUCCCUGAUGACCACGAAGCCUUUUGGUGUUUUGUCGGGUUCAUGAAGAAAGCUCGUCACAACUUCAGGCUCGACGAGGUCGGGAUCAGAAGACAGCUCAACAUAGUCUCGAAGAUAAUCAAAUCCAAAGACUCUCAGCUUUACAGGCACCUGGAGAAACUCCAAGCAGAGGACUGUUUCUUUGUAUACAGAAUGGUUGUUGUGAUGUUCAGACGAGAGCUGACACUCGACCAGACGUUUUGUUUGUGGGAAGUGAUGUGGGCGGAUCAAGCCGCGAUCAGAGCCGGGAUGGGGAAAUCCGCGUGGAGCAGGAUAAGGCAGCGUGCACCUCCCACAGAUGAUUUGGUGCUCUAUGCUAUAGCUGCCUCUGUGUUGCAGAGGAGGAAGCUUAUCAUAGAGAAGUAUAACAGUAUGGAUGAGAUUCUAAGGGAGUGUCAUAGUAUGGCGGGACAAUUAGAUGUGUGGAAGCUUUUGGAUGAUGCACAUGACCUCGUUGUUACUCUCCACACCAAGAUUGAGCAUUCGUUCUCAUAAAUUUUAUCUUCGUUUUAAAGAUUUAUCGACUGGUCUAAAAAGGCGGGGUUCUUGGUGAAUUCCAUCCACGGUUCCUUGCAGGCCGAAUUGGCCUUGUGAGUAUGAGCUUUUGUCUGAAUCCUGGCCUAACGAAAUGAGGCUAGAGAUUGGAAGAGAUUGGUGAAUAGAGAGGUUCAGGUGUGUAUUUAAUCGAAAAUAAAUGUAUGUGUGUAUUGUGAAGACGGUGAAAAGAUUUGGGGAAGGGUUUUGCAAAUUCCAUAAGAGGAGAGAUUCUUUGCCUGAGAAAUCAGGCUGCUUCAUAGAUAAUGCAUAUGGAAACAAAGAUGUGGAAAGUGGAUUAUACCUAACCGGAGAGGAGAAUCUUUGUCCGGUUAUAGAAAAGAGACGAGUUGAGUUGACUGUAAUAACGGUCAAUGUGGCAACUCAUUUUCUCGUUAAGUUUCGUUUUUUACGUUUUGGUAACGAG